GUCAUCAGCGGUCCGACACUCCCUGAGCACUCAGCCCAGCUCCUCGUCACCCAGCUCCGGCACCGCACGCACCUCGCCGACAAGCCCACAGCCGCACACGCGCCGACCGCACCUCAGCGUAGCCAGCUGCACGUGUCUAGCUGCUGUGACAGCAUCGCCCUCGCUGUCUCAUCUCGGCACGCCUUGUCACGCGACCACCUCCACAGCCCGCACAGCAUGGCUCUCCGUCUCGCUGUCGCCUCGGCGCUGGCGUCUGGCAGUGCGCUGAAGGGGAAGGGCCCGGCCGUCGCGCGGGCAGCAGCCGCAGAGCUGCGUGCCUUCAGUACUUCGGCAUGCUCUAGCUCUGCACGGCCAGUGACAGCUGCGCCCGUCUCUGUCUCCUCCGGUGUGCUGCCCAGCGCCGCCGUGACAUCUACAGCCGAGGCGCUGUCGCUGUUGCGCGGACAGCCCUCGCACUACGUGCUUGCCUCUCUGGCCGGGCGCACGCUGCUCCUCACGCCUUCCGACCUCUUCACGCUGCCGCGGCUGCGCGACGUGCAGGUGGGCGAUGUGCUGGAGCUGACGCGUAUCCACGAAGUCGGCUCGCGCGACUACACGCUGCGUGCUCAAGACCCGCUCUCGACGCGCGAGCGCGGUGCCGUCACGCUGCUGCGGCGCAGCGUUGGCAGUCCCGACGCCACGCUCGCCCGUGCACUCGACGGCCUCGUCCUCUCGCCCGAGUCCGCAGCGCUGGCAGAGCAGGGUGCACUGCGCACCUCCAAGACGUCGUGGGCCACGCGCCUGGCGCACUCGGGCCUGGCACACGUCGGCGCCGUGCUGCCGGCCAGCACCGUCAGUGUGCGUGCCGUCGUCGUCGAGCACACAAAGGGCGCCAUGGAGCGCAUCGAGAAGAAAAAGCGGAGGAAAGGCUACAAGAAGACGAUUGAGCACAAGCAGCCGUACACGCGCAUCCGCGUCGAUGAGAUUGUGCUCGGACAGGGCGAGAAUGCGUAAUGUCACUCUGUAAUGCUGAC